AUGCAGAAGCCGAGGACGAGAAAGGCACGUGCUCUCAGAAUGGGGCGUCGUGCGCACUUUCCCAGUGCUGCUCGGAACCAGGCUCGACGUUGCUACAAGAAGAACGACUAUUGGAGCUCGUGCAACCAAACUUGCAACCCCAACUACAUGUGGAUGGAGGACGGCUGGGUCGAGACGAAUGAGACAGUUUGGGAUUGCGAGGACCUCACCGUGAACCCUGUCGAAUCAGCGGAUCCCGUCGCUGAUGCAGAAGCCGAGGACGAGAAAGGCACGUGCUCUCAGAAUGGGGCGUCGUGCGCACUUUCCCAGUGCUGCUCGGAGCCAGGCUCGACGUGCUACAAGAAGAACGACUAUUGGAGCUCGUGCAACCAAACUUGCAACCCAAACAGUCUGUGGACGGUGGACGGAUGGGUCACGACGAACGAGACAGUCUGGGACUGCACGGAGAUUCGGCCGCCGUGCUCGCAACCCGGGGCGUCUUGCGCACUUUCCCAGUGUUGUUCUGAGCCAGGCGCGAGUUGCUACAAGAAGAAUGACUAUUGGUUCGCGUGCAACCUAACUUGCGACCCCAAUUCCAUGUGGAUGGAGGACCGCUGGGUCAAGACGAACGAGACAGUUUGGGAUUGCGAAGUCAUCAGCAUAGACAGCACCGCUAAUUCCACUGAUGCCGCUGACAUUGAUGCUUCGUCAGACUCCACGAGUAGCUCCGAUGCUGCGACAGCCUCCGCAUGCUCGCAGAACGGGGAGUCUUGCGCACUUACCAUGUGCUGCUCUGAGCCUGGCGCGAAGUGUUACAAGAAGAAUGACCAUUGGAGCUCGUGCAACCAAACUUGCAACCCAUACAGUCUUUGGACGGUGGACGGAUGGGUCACGACGAAUGAGACAUGCUACAAGAAGAACGACCAUUGGAGCUCGUGCAACCAAACUUGCAACCCAUACAGUCUGUGGAUGGAGGACGGAUGGGUCACGACGAACGAGACAGUCUGGGACUGCACGGAGAUUCGGCCGCCGUGCUCGCAGCCCGGGGAGUCUUGCGCAGUUACUCAGUGCUGCUCUGAUCCCGGCUCGAAGUGCUACAAGAAGAAUGACUACUGGUUCGCGUGCAACCAAACUUGCAAUCCAAACUACAUGUGGAUGGAGAACGGCUGGGUCAAGACGAACGAAACAGUUUGGGAUUGCGAAGUCAUCAGCAUCGACAGUACCGACGUUUCGUCUGACUCCGGUGCCGGGAAUGCCGCUGACACUGGUGCUUCGUCAGACUCCGCGAGUAGCUCCGAUGUUGCGACAGCCUCCGUUUGCUCGCCGAACGGUGAGUCUUGCGCACUUACCAUGUGUUGCGCUGAGGUUGGGUCGAAGUGCUACAAGAAGAAUGAUCACUGGAGCUCGUGCAACCAAACUUGCGACCCGAACAGUAUGUGGACGGCGGACGGAUGGGUCACGACGAACGAGACAGUUUGGGAUUGUGAGGAGAUUCGGCUCCCAUGCUCUCCAAACGGAGCGUCUUGCGCACUGUCCCAGUGCUGCGCUGAUCCUGACGCGAAGUGCUACAAGAAGAAUGACUACUGGUUCGCGUGCAACCAAACUUGCGACCCAAACUCCAUGUGGACGGAGGACGGGUGGGUCAAGACGGACGAGGCUGUUUGGGAUUGUGGUGAACAUAUUAUCGAUGAAUCAGAGGACUCGCAGAAUGUCUGGGACUGGUUGCUUCACCUGCUCAGUAGGUAG